GGGGCUGUACGGCGGAGACGGGGCUGAGGGUCGCCGCUCGGCGAGGAGGAAGAGGAGCGCAGGAAGGAAAGAGGUCUCCUCCUCCGCCGGCGUCUCCAUUGCUGCCUGUGGUCCCCCGGAGGCAGGUGCACAUCCGAAGGGGCGGCUGGGGGAGGCGACGUGGGGGGCCUGCCCCGGUGCCUGCCAAGGCGGAGAGUAGAAGAGCAUCGCAGGCGGAGGGGGCUGGAGCUGCUCGCCGCCCUCCUUCCCGGCGGCAAGGUGGCCCGGGGGCGGCUGGUGCGCGGCAGGGUGGAUCGCCCUCCCUCUCCCCCCCCACCCGCGAGGCUGCCGGCGCCCCUCCCCUGACAGCUCCUCCGCCGGGCUCUGCCCAGUGCCGGGAUCGCUCUUCGCCAGGCGCUCGCUUCGCAGGGACGCUCCGCACGCAGCCAGGAGCGGCUGCCUGGGCGUCUCUUGCCCCCGAUCGGAGCCUCGCCUCGCCUCGCCUCGCCCCCUCCUCCGCCUCCUGCCAGCUCGCCGCCCGCCCCUCCUUCCCCCGCUGCCAGCCGGAGGAGCCGAAACCGGAGCGGCGGAGCCCGGGCGGCUCAUUGCGGAGCGAAGCUGCAGCCGCGAUGGCUACGACCGUGACCUGCACCCGCUUCACCGACGAGUAUCAGCUGUACGAGGAAAUUGGCAAGGGGGCUUUUUCAGUGGUGCGGCGCUGUGUCAAACUCUGCACUGGACAUGAAUAUGCAGCAAAGAUUAUCAACACCAAGAAGCUCUCAGCAAGAGAUCACCAGAAGUUGGAGCGAGAAGCUCGAAUCUGCCGUCUCCUGAAGCAUUCCAACAUUGUUCGCCUCCAUGACAGCAUAUCUGAGGAAGGCUUCCACUACCUCGUCUUUGAUCUGGUCACGGGUGGAGAGCUCUUUGAAGACAUCGUUGCCAGGGAAUACUACAGUGAAGCCGAUGCAAGUCACUGUAUUCAUCAGAUAUUAGAAAGCGUAACUUACAUUCACCACUAUGCCAUUGUGCACAGGGACUUGAAGCCGGAGAACCUGCUUCUGGCCAGCAAAUGCAAAGGAGCGGCAGUGAAGUUGGCAGAUUUUGGCUUGGCGAUUGAGGUGCAAGGAGACCAACAGGCCUGGUUCGGCUUUGCGGGCACUCCUGGCUAUCUCUCACCUGAAGUCCUACGCAAAGAAGCCUAUGGCAAACCUGUGGAUAUCUGGGCAUGCGGUGUUAUUCUUUACAUCUUACUGGUUGGGUAUCCUCCAUUUUGGGAUGAGGAUCAGCACAAGCUGUACCAACAGAUCAAGGCUGGAGCCUAUGAUUUUCCUUCUCCUGAGUGGGAUACAGUCACCCCUGAAGCAAAAAACCUCAUAAACCAGAUGCUAACCAUCAACCCUGCAAAGAGAAUCACAGCUCACGAAGCUCUCAAACAUCCAUGGGUCUGUCAACGUUCAACAGUGGCCUCCAUGAUGCACAGACAGGAGACUGUAGAGUGCCUGAAAAAGUUCAACGCCAGAAGGAAGCUCAAGGGUGCAAUUCUUACCACUAUGUUGGCAACAAGAAACUUCUCAGUGGGCAGACAGACCACCGCGCCCGCCACAAUGUCUGCAGCAGCCUCCGGUGCCACCGUUGGGUUGGUGGAGCAAGCAGCUAAGAGUUUACUGAACAAGAAAGCUGACGGAGUGAAGCCUCAAACAAACAGCACCAAAGGCAGUGCCGGAGUCACCAGCCCGAAAGGGACUCUUCCACCAGCCGCACUGGAACCUCAAACCACCGUUAUCCAUAACCCAGUGGACGGCAUUAAGGAAUCAUCCGACAGCACAAAUACCACCAUAGAGGAUGAGGACACAAAAGUUAAGACCACUGAUAGUGAACUUGCACAAGGCCAGUGGGAUUCAGAAUCUGACCCUGAUCUUCCUCCCAGUCUGCUGACUCCACUAAUCCCAUCUGCUGCUGUUGCCGCUGCUUCUACCAAGCUGUCUGACGUAUUAGGCAUGGUGAAAAGGGGAUCUGGGAGCCCAGAAGCUGAAGAGCCAAAGCCUCCAAUGGCUCUACCCUGUAUAUCUUCUGCUGUUGCAAACCCUCUGCCUCCCCAGACUGCCAAGUUCCCUGAUGUUUCAGGCAUGGUGAAAAGAGGCUCUGGGCCACCAGAAGCAGAUGAGCCAAAGCCUUCCAUUACCUUGCCUUUCCUAUCUCCUGCAGUUGGUGCAAAUCCUCUCCCUUUCCAAUCUGCCAAACUAUCUGAUGUAUUAGGCAUGGUGAAAAGGGGGUCUGGGCCCGCAGAUGCUGAAGAGCCAAAGCCUUCCAUUACUCUGCCUAGCCCAUCUUCGGCGGUUGCAAACCCUCUUCCUUUCCAGUCUGCCAAACUGUCUGAUGUACUAGGUAUGGUGAAAAAGGGCUCUGGGCCCCCAGAGAGUGAAGAGUCAAAGCCCUCUACCACCCUACCACCCCCAUCCUCAGCUGUUGCAAACCCUCUUCCUCCCCAGUCCACCAAGUUAUCUGAUGUCCUCAGCAUGGUGAAACGGGGCUCUGGGGCCCCAGAAGCUGAGGCGUCACAGCCACAGCCUGCUCUUGCCCAGCUUUUUCCACUUCCACUCAUCGCAAACCCUCUGCCUUCUGAUCCCCGCAAGCAGGAAAUCAUCAAGAUCACUGAGCAGCUGAUAGAAGCUGUGAACAAUGGGGACUUUGAGGCCUAUGCAAAAAUCUGUGAUCCAGGCCUAACUUCAUUUGAACCUGAAGCCUUGGGCAACCUUGUUGAAGGGAUGGACUUCCACAGAUUUUACUUCGAGAAUUUCUAUCCUCGCACCCCACAACACCCACCUCCCUGUGAAUUUGAGUUUCCUGUUCCUGCCGUUCCAGUGUUAUCUAAGAACAACAAGCCCAUCCACACAACCAUCCUGAACCCUCACGUGCACAUCAUUGGGGAGGACGCAGCCUGCAUCGCCUACAUUCGCCUGACGCAGUACAUUGACGGGCAGGGCCGUCCCCGCACUUGCCAGUCUGAAGAGACCCGUGUCUGGCACCGCCGCGAUGGCAAGUGGCAGAACGUCCACUUCCACUGCUCGGGAGCACCGGUGGCACCACUCCAGUGAAGAACUAACGCUGCUGUUCUGGUUUCAUCCCGAAGGAGACGGCGAUUUGAGCUGAGCCGCUAGCCGGGAGCAGCGGUGGCAAGCACGUGCCCGCAUGCUCGUGUCCCCCUUCCCCGUCCUCCCGUCUUUCAUUUCCAGUGCCUGUGUUUGCAAAAAAAACAAAGAACCCCCCUCAUACACACACACACAUACACACACAAACCCCCCAACCAGACAUGAAUCUUUAAAAAAAAAAAAGAAGAGAGAGAAAUAAAAUGUCAAAAAAUCAGCAAACCCAGCCAAACCAGCCCAGCUGUCCAACUCUCAGUGUGGCCAGACUGUGCCUCCCGUCCCUGAGUCCAUUUCUUUAUGUCCGUCCGUCCGGCUGUUCAGGUGACUCGGUGUUGCAAUGAAAAUGCUUCAACUUCAAACAAUAAGGCUCCACCUCCCUGUGUCGACCCCCAUGUUGAACGGUGUUAGUUUGUUAGGUGAAAAAAAAAAUUUAAAAAAACCAACAAAACAACAACAAAAAAACCCACAAAAAAAAAACUUUUACAGUAUUUGCAUUCUCUGCCAAAGCAUGGGCCUUCUCCAGUGGUCGUGUUCGCGCUUGGAACUCUGUGACCUGUGUUACUGUUUGUUUCGCGGAGGAUGCUCUUCCCGAGCUCUCGGGCUGCCCGUUUCUUUUUCUCCUCUAGCUGUGGUUGUGGAUUAUGAUGACGAUGAUUAUAAUUAUUCAGACUCUUUAUUUUGUUCUUCUUUUGGAUAGGAGGUGACCCCUUCUGGGGCCUGCGGUUUCUGGGCCCCUCCCAGACUAACCCAGGGCUGAUGAGUUCCCAGGGGCUGUUGGUCCUGGCCUGACGGAUGGGUUCUUACACAAAGGGGAACAUAGCCUUAGGGAGAAGUCUCACUGCAGGUUUUUGAAUGUCUGGAUUCUCAUUGUGCUCACAUUUCCAAGCAUCCCGAUCUCUCACCAAGGGCUACCAACAGUGGUGUUGAUGUGAUAAGGCCCAUGCCGUGGCUUUGUUAUGUUAUGGGGAAAGGGAGAGUCCCUGUUGCAAAAAGUCUGGCUGGAACAGCAGUGCCAGUUAGACUCAAAGAGCCAGGGAGGAGAGGAUUGACACUUCAAAGCUUCAUCCGCUUCCAGUUCUUGGGAACUGACUCCCCAGGAAAAGGGAGCCACAGAUACCUCUCCCGAAGUAUUCUGUCAUCUGCUGCUCCCUAAGGUUGCAGCCCCACUUCCACCCAGGUUUUCCAUUGGAGCAAAAUGUGGCCAUUUUGAAGGUGGGGUGGGGAGACAGUCAGUGCCGCCUUUGGGCAAUCUGUUCCCAGUCUUCAUCAGCCUGGGAGGAGCUAAGCUUGGGCUUGCCAUUCUCUCUCUCUCUCUCUCUCUCUCUCUCUCGACCUGUGAAUUCACUUGAAGAGGAGGAGUGGAUUGGCUAAGAGUUCUUUGUUCUUGUGAGCAAGAGCCGACUCUGCAGGCAGCCCAGACAAGCCGUGCUGAAGCAGGCAAAUGGACCAAGCCUGAGCAGAGAGAGGAGUGGGGGUUUCCCCCUCUAUUGGCCAGGUGUAGAGCUGCAUCAUACGCUGUGGAGGUACUGCCACCAGCCCCGUUGCUUAUAUUACUGUGCCUGUACAAGGAGGGGGCUGACAUUUGCCAAGAAAAUCAUCAGGACGCUCAUUAUUAGAGGCCUCCCCCCCUCCUCCUUCAGCCUUCCUUCUCCCACCUCUUCAGAUUCAUUCAUAAAGGGGACCCCCACUGCUCAGCAUCUCACUGCCCAAACUCUGCUCCUGCCUUUGAAUUGAUAGCACGGCAUGGGUGGGUUUAGCUGCUCCCCUUGGCCAUGGCUACAGGGAAUCAGCAUUGGAGGUCUGCAACAUCUUGCUAUGAGACUGGGAGAACACACUCCUCCUGACCCUGCUCAGUGUGCCAUUAGCAACUUCCUUGGAUGGAUGUGUAAGCAAUCCCCAACCAAGCCAUUAUUCAUAGUGUGGGUGCCUGCCAGCAAAGCGAGUAGGCUAGGUAGGAUUGGCUGGAGUUAAAAGGUUGCCCAAGACUCCCUCUAGAGUUGGGGAGGUGGUGGUGAUGGGAGUUGAAGCAUGGGGGGGGAGGGCGGAAUAAAGAGGUAAGGGUAGCUUGUGCUUCAUCACUGGCAAACAGCCCUGGGUUUCAAAUCAGGCAAAGAUAAGAGGCCCUUUGGAAAUUCACACCCACACUCCCUUCAUCCCAUCAAAGCAAGAAUUUGAAAGCGAGCAGGCUGGUGAUGACUUCAUUGGUGCAUCGCAACCUCAGCACUCUGAUUUGUGGCUUGUUCUCAAUCAUUUUCUUUGUUAAAUAUGUGUACUGUAACUUCCAGCUGUAUAGUGCUCUAAGGGCAAUAUUGCUUUUUAUGAAGGAAAGGAUGGAUGGGCCAUCUGAAAACAUUUGUCCAUAGUAAGACUGAGAACAGGAGUGCUUCUAGUUUGCUUUGUGGUGUGAUCAUCUGAGACUGGCUGUUUUUUUAAUCUCUGACCUCAGCUAUGCCACCUCCUACUUGUGGCCUUGCUUUGCCUCUAUUGGGUUGUUUCCAUUAAUACAAUAAAGACAGCUAACAUCUC